AUUCUUUGCUGCUUUCCCAGAGAAGCCAAAAAAUGAAGCAUUGGGGUCUGGUUUUGUUUGUUUCUCUUUUGUUUCAACUAGGAACUUUUCUUCGGCAUGUCAAAGCUGACGAUGGAUUUGUGAAAACGAAAGGAGUUCAACUAAUGUUGAACGGAAGUCCUUUCUACGCAAAUGGGUUCAAUGCUUAUUGGCUCAUGUACAUGGCCUCUGAUUCAUCUCAGAGAAGCAAAGUCUCCUCUGCAUUUGAACAAGCCAAACAGCACGGCCUCGCCAUAGCCAGAACUUGGGCUUUCAGUGAUGGUGGAGACAGACCUCUUCAGUACUCACCUGCCUCCUACAACGAACUGAUGUUUCAGGGAUUGGAUUUUGUAGUAUCUGAGGCCAAGAGAUAUGGUAUUAAGCUAGUUUUAAGCUUUGCAAAUAACUAUGAUCAAUUCGGAGGGAAGAAACAGUAUGUGAACUGGGCAAGAAAUCAAGGGCAAACCAUCGGCUCUGAUGAUGAUUUCUUUACGAACUCUGUUGUUAAAGAAUACUACAAGAACCAUAUCUAUACUGUUCUUACAAGACGAAACACCCUGACUGGAGUGGCUUACAAAGAUGAACCAACUAUAAUGGCGUGGGAACUUAUGAAUGAGCCCAGGUGCCUCUCGGAUCCAUCAGGAAACACCAUGCAGGCCUGGAUUGCAGAAAUGGCUUCCCAUGUGAAGUCCAUUGAUGGUAACCACUUACUAGAAGCUGGUUUAGAAGGGUUUUAUGGGCCAUCGUCGUCUCAGAAACAGCAGUAUAACCCUAACUUUCAAGUAGGAACUGAUUUCAUUGCAAACAAUCAGAUUCCCGGAAUUGACUUCGCAACAGUUCAUUCUUAUCCUGAUCAAUGGUUACAGAGUUCCAAUGAUGAAAGUCAGAUUGCCUUCUUGAAUACUUGGCUAAACAAUCACAUCCAAGAUGCUCAGAACAUCCUUCAGCAACCAUUGCUUUUUGCCGAGUUUGGAAAAUCUUUGAAAAUUGCAGGUCCUAACCAAAGAGAUGAGCUGUACAACACUGUGUACACAGCAAUUUACUCGUCGGCCAGAGGCAGAGGUGCAGCUGUUGGUGGGCUAUUCUGGCAACUUUUAGCUGAAGGAAUGGACUCUUACGGAGAUGGAUACGAGGUGAUCAUGAGCCAAAGCACCUCAACUGUAAACCUCAUUGCUCAAGAGUCUCGGAAACUUAAUCGGAUUCGGAAGAUGUAUGUGAGGUUGAGGGACAUGGAGAAAUGGAACAAAGCAAGGCAUGUCAGAAGAGCACCAUGGUGGUCUGGAAAUGGUGUCAGUAACACAGGAGGAAAUUGAGAAAGGAAAUGUAUGAUGGUUUUAGAAUAAUUUAAGUAUUUGAAGAUCAAGUAACAAGAUGUACUGCCAGUUUUAUUUUACAUACAGGGUUUAUAACGAGGUGAAUGCUCUUAUAGAAAUGAAUUGUUAUAGCUAAAGAUUAAUAGAUCCUGCAAUUAUGUACUAGUCUGAUGAUCCAGCUUAUGUUGUGCUGUAAGCUCGAGUAUUUGCUACUGAAUGAAUCCAAGAAGAGAGAAUCAUAAAU